CAAUACAGUGAGACAGAAAACAAAUGUUGAAUAUCAGUUAAUCAUUUGGUUGAAGCAGGCGGUUCAGAAAGCAGCAGACGACAGUUCAUCGAUGACGUCCUGGAUAAAACUGAAAUCUGUCCUUGCAGUUCUGGAGUUGUUUUUCCUAGCUUGGUUUACCGCUGCUUGGCACACCCUGGGCAGCGAGUUAGGGGACCAAAACGAAGCACAUACAGGGCCGGCAUCGCGAUCUGACAUUGGUAACGCGACAGAUUCACCACCUUACUACGAAGAGCAGCUGAAGAUCGUCCGUUCUCUAAAUGGUUCGUUCAUCCCGGUUCCCUGGCACUUCUGUGAUGUUUCUUAUCCAUCCGACGAGUCGAUUAACGUCUCGUGUGAAAUUCCUGCUAAUGGUCAUUUAUCUCUGAAAAAAUAUCAGAGUUGGAUUAAAACAGUCAAUAGGACAAACCGACUCAAGGUUAAAUGUGACAGUGGCGGGAAUAUAUCAGCACCAUGGCCAAUGAAAGUGUCUGGUCUUCAAGCUUUGGAAAUUGAAGGAUGCAACGUGAAAGAUUAUCUCCGCCACCAAGCAUUUGGUGACUACUACUCAUAUACAGGCCCAGAUGUUCUAAAGGUUUUAAAGAUCUUCAAUUCAGUUCUGUAUUCAGAUUUUCUGAGUCUAAAUCAAACAUUUCACAGAAAAGACGGAAACAGAGAAACCGAAUGCGGUUCUCUUGAACUGCACGAAUUACGCAUGCGUGACAUUAAAAUUGGUUUCGAGCCAAUGCCGAAGAUUUCAUUUCAAUCAAAAGAAAAUAACUCAACAAAUAAUUCAACUCUGAAAACUAUCAAAAGUCACAGCAAGCCUAAAUUAAACGGGACCCUCCGACAACCCCAACAUUGGUGCUCAUAUAAUCAUAUGGAGAUUGUAGAAUUUUCAAACUAUGCUUAUUUUAGGGUGUUUUUCAUAACGAUUUUCGUACGGAGUCACGGAUAUCCCGCGCUGCAUACUCUUAUUGCUGUCAGGAACAAUAUCACUGUCUUUCCGCAAGAACUAACCGCUACUUUACUGAACUUUCCAAAGCUUCGAUACGUGGACCUUCGUUAUAACAGUAUCAAGGAGUUGAAAAUACCGCGAGGAUCUAAUCGUGUCUUUGACCUGCGGCACAAUGACAUCCAAGACCUGACAAUAGAAAAUGUCAAUGCGAUGUCAGGGCGAUAUGCAGCCCAUGUGGAUUUUCGGAACAACCCAAUUGAUUGUGGGUGCAACAAUUCUGAUGCCGUGAAACAUUUAAGGAGUGAAGUUGUACGUAAUAAACUUGACAAAUCAACAUACCGCUUCUUAUAUGACAUCCCUUGCCACCAUGGGGAGACAACCACGACGAUUCGAUCUAUCAACUUGGAUGACUUAAACGAAUGUUUUAUUAUCCGUCACAAAAGCAUUAUUCCUUGGAUAGUACUAGGGUUAUUAGCCUGUUUGGUGGUUUUGACGGCCAUAUUAACUGUGUACUUUCGGCGAGAAAUUCAAAUUCUUCUGUUCACGAGGUUGAAAUGUCGUUGUUUCAAGUCUCGAUUUUCGUGUCCACCCAAAAGGUUCGACGCCUUCGUUUCCUACAACAGCGGCGACGAACACUGGAUAGUCCAUACAUUAGCUCCAAAACUAGAGAACCAAAAGCCUCCCUUCAGACUUUGCUUGCAUUACCGAGAUUUUAUCGUAGGUGCAGCGAUUGCGGAAAACAUCAUCGAAAGUAUCGAGGCCAGCAGGCAUACAAUUAUGGUGUUAUCUGAGAAUUUCUUAAAAAGUGAGUGGUGUUUAAUGGAAUUCCGAGCAGCUUAUCAUCAAGGGCUCCGAGAGAGAAAUAAGCAUUUAAUCGCCAUAGUAUUAGAGGAUAUAUUGCUGGAUGACAUCGAGGCCGACCUUCGUUCUCACUUGAGAACAACGACUUACUUGAAAGUAUCAGAUAAAUGGUUCUGGGACAAAUUAAUAUAUUGCUUGUCCAGGAAUCCACAUGACGAAAUUUCCAAAAAGAAAACAAAAACAAAACUAUCUAAGACGUCAAAGGAAAUAAAUUCGAAUUCAUGGAACAGGACGCGGGAUUUAAAAAUAGAUGACGUCAGUACUGUUUAGUAUUUUUGGUAAUUGACAAUAUUUCCAUUUCAAAAGACAGGGCAUUUAAUAAUAAAUUGAAAAUGGAAAGGUCCAAAUAACAUUGAGGGCAAGUAAUUUUACGGCCAUUUUGUCUAUGACGUGGACACAAAUACUUUUUGUCUGUGUGCUAUUAUUUCCAUUUAUACCCGUUUUCGAAAUAUUGAACUGAAAAAGACUUUCCUACCAUGUCGCAUUGUAUAAACGAACCUUUAUCUAUCUUAAAAAAACAACUGUAUAAGGUGUUUCGCCAUCCCUUAAGUUAACCAAUGGCAGAAUUGUUGGAGAAAAGGCACAGAGGAGAUAAAGCAAAUCGCUCAACAUUCCACUCAAUGUGAUGUUACCGUUAUGUCAUCAGUAUUUACAGUCUCACACAAAUAGGUAGUGCCCAUUGUAGCCUUAUACUUUAUAUUAUAUAAUAUUAUUCAGUGGUAUUUCAAGUUGUACCACUACAUGGCAUUGACUCUCGCGCACUUAAGUGCAUAAACCUUAGCUCUAUAUAUGCUCUCUCUAAUCAUAAUCGAGCAGUGACAAUAGUAAAAAGUCUUUGGCAUAUAUCCUAACCAAUUAUAUCUAUUUUGUACCGCCCUGGAACAAAUGCAAACACAUUUCUUUAUGGUGGAUGAAAUGUACAAGUCAAUUAUAUUUUGUUAUCUAAAUUCGAUUUUUCAUAUACUAAAUUUAUACAUCCAAUACAUACAAGGUGUGUGAAAUAGCAUUAAGCCUACUUAAGAAAUGUCCAUGUUAUGUAAUCCAUUACUUGGAGCGGUCAUUUCUCCAUUAUGAGAACAGGGUAGUCCGGAUGCUACGUUUAGUCAGGAGUGGGAUUUAUGAUUAACUUGUGUAUACAAUGGCAUAUUAGAAGAAAUACAAGAAGUUAUGAUACUCAUUUAACAGGUCCACUUGUAGCACAGGUCUUUAUAACGUACCCAUUAAAUUUUAGAUGCAGUCGAUCAUCAUUUAUGCUUUCAUAAAGGCGGCGGUUAAUGCCAGCAAAGGAACUGCAAAAAUUAAGGUGUUCCUAUGUGUGGUGAAACCAUUUUGUAUACCACCAGGAUUUUAACA